AUGUCUACCAAAUUGCCGAAGACACCGCCGUCUUUCGAAAAGGUCGACGAAGGCAAGGGCGAGACGAAAAGAGCCAUAGACGAGGUUAUCGAUACGCCAGAAGCCCUGAAGAGGGCAGCGAAGAGGACUAAGAGUAUCGUGGAGGAGAUGAGCGAGAAACCCAACGGUGGCGACCAGGUCGUAGACAACUCUAGCGACCCUCUGGGCAUCGAGGACACUCGUCCGAAUAUCAAAAGGGAAUCGGCAGACGAGCCUCGCCCGAGUGUCGAAAGGGAAGAGUCAGCCGACCCUCCCCUCUGGGACAUCUCAGACUUCGGUUGUCACGAGCAUGCCGAGGAGAAGAAGGGAUCCAAUGAGCAUAUGGUGGAGAAAAGCUCACCAAGCGGCACUCCAAGGCCAAGCAACGUAAAGGCAAAGUCCACCGAGAGCUCGUAG